AUGGGGGAGCUCCGCCGAGACCGCAAGUGGAGUAUGCAGGUCACAGCACUUUACGACUACGAACCUGAACAAUCUGACGAGUUGAGAUUCAUAGAAGGUGACGUUUUAAGAGUGCUGCAAGUACAGGAUGACGGAUGGUGGUCUGGAUACAACGUGGAAAGUCCCGAUGUCAUUGGUAUCUUCCCAUCGAACUACGUGCAAGCAUUAAGGACUGUUUUUAAGAUGCAGAGUGCCAAAAGCUUAGUUGAUGCAGGCAGAACACCACGGCCUCCUGCGAGCUCACGGCAGCGAAUUGAGCUACAGUUUCGACAAGGGUUUGCCACCUUAGAGAUCGAAGAUGGUGACGAAGACGACAAGGUGGAAGAAACGCGCACUGAUAACCGCGGAGCUAUUCUUCUGCUGCGGCAAAAUCUGGAGCAGGCCGAGAGAGCAAGCCAAGCGGUGCGAGAUGCUCGGCGGCAGGUUUGUUUAGUCGUGCUGUUCCUUUGA